CAAAUAGUGGGGCCAAACCAAUCACAGCUUAAACAUAGCGUUGUUACCCCCGGCCCCAUUACGGCGGGGUUCAGCCAAUCAGCAGGGAAGACGGUCCACCACGGGUGACACAGCAACACGGAGGGCAUCGUCAUAGAGACGGGGUAGUCACAGUCGUUCUCCACCCGAUAGUAGCGACCCACACUAGCUCAGGGAAUUAAAUAGGAGAAAACAAUCACACUCUUCCACCAUGUCGGACGGAAAUACCAAGGAAGCACAGGACAAAACAGAGGAGUAUUCCAAGGAAGACAACUCCACCAAGGACUCACAACAACGAGACGGCGACGACCAGCAAGGGGAGGAGAAAGGGGGAAAGUCGGAAAGGAAGAACAGUUCAGACCGAAACCCGGAUGAAGGCAACCGGCAAAAUGAACAAACAGACACUGAAUCAGGGGGUAAGAGUAAAGGGCGCAAGACAACAAAGAAGAGUCCCAGAGAGGAAACGUCCGAGGAAACGCCUCACGAGUUCGAUGGCCGCUCCAAACAGAGGGAGUUCUUCAAGGAGGAACUCAAACGCCUGGAGGAAGCGCUCAAGAGGGAGAAGUCGAAAAUAAUCAAACCUGACAUUAAGAAACAUACACCUUACAUCUUCAACACCCUGGAGCCCUACUACAACACAUCGACCGUCCGGUACCUGGUGGAACUGCCGGAAGAGGUACAGCACCGGUUCGUGAGCCGGAAGACCGCUAUCGGCCUGUGUGACCCGUGGGUGGACUACAACAUGGACACCAAGUUCCUGCCUCGCAUCUCCACCUCCGCACGCGGCGUCAGCAGGUAUCAUGAUAUGGAGAAGCGAGACGAGAAGAUCAGAGAACGCGAGAAGCGCUCCAAGAAGGAAGGGAGCACCAGACUGCCCAAGUUCCCUGUCGUCACGCUUGACUCCAAGGAGUACGCCACCAAACCUUUAUACUACAGUGAUGUUCCUGAACUCAGGAGGGAGCUCCGCGACAAAUACAGCCAGAACGCUACCAAGAAAAUCGACGAAGAUUACAACAGGACAAAACAAGACUUCUACCGCAUGGAUCUUGACAAACUUGAUGAAGUUCAUCCAAUGAACCGCCCGCACAUGCGCAAUGCAUAUUUCGCCUACCUCCAGAAUACCCCCGGCUCCCGGAAGGCGGUUGUGGAGUGCGUGAAGGGGUUGAAGGCGGAAGGCAAGGCGAACUAGGCAUUGCGCAUGCGUUGCGCAAAGACGUUGUAAAUAAUCCAUAGCAAUAUUGUACAUAGCAUUUGUGUCGUGGAAAUAAUGUUCAGUUAUCAGCUGGUACAGCAUUUAGCGUUAAGCAGACGACAGUCAAUGCAUUUUAGAAAGUGAUAUUUCUAAUAAUGACAGACAUUUCAUUGUGAGUAUUAUUUAAAAUAUGAGCGUUAGGUUCAUCAGUUAUACAUUGAAACAGCUUUUAUACGAUAGUAUAAACGAUACAAUGUUUACCAUGUUCCAUAUGUAAAUAGACAUGCCCAAGAAACUGUCUGAACGACGGGUCCAGCUCAAUGGAGUUUCACUGUUGGGAUAUGUAGCCACGACGUCGUUAACAACGUUGACGUCGACUGUGCAGAUGGAUGCUAAUAUUAGCGAUUAUCACUUACUGUUUCCUGUCAAACAUCGCCAUGGUUUGAAAAGCAUUUACUACUGUCAGUUAGAAGAGAGAACAUUUAGGUUCCAAAAUGGUGUCUUGGGGAGAAGCAGGUUAGAUCAGCGGUGUCGAUGGUGGUAAGCCAGUUGAUGUUUGUGCAUCUAUAUAUACGUGCCUUACAAAACCACUGAGACACUGCGCUGUGUGUGGAAUUUAGUCUACGAUCCCCAUACGUCAACUGAUGUUAACGUUAUUUUCACGACUUUUGUUGAACUGUUAUAUGUAUGCAUUUGUUUCGUCAUCUACAGACGUGUUCAAGAGUCACGCUACAUACAGUGUACCUACAUAUGUAUAUAUUUCCUGUUACAGGCAAUAACGUUGGGUGAAAUAUGCCUCACGCCGUUAACGCUUGCUUUCUUCAAAGCGAUCUUAGCGAUACGUCCAUCUUAAAAGAUGGGAGUUAAGAUAAUCUUAGCGCCAAGACUGUCAUAAGUCCGCCUUAACUUAUAGGAUGCGAGUCAUGGUGGAUCAUCUUAGCGCCAAGACUGCCAUAAGUCCAUCUUAAGGGAUGGGAGUAAGUAUCGCCUUAGUGCUAAGACCGCCCUAAGACCAUCUUCAAGAACGGGACGAUCCCUUCUUGGAACGGGGAGGAAACGUAUGAUGAACUUAACACCUUCUCGUCGGUAAGGGGCGGUGGGGUAGGCUAGUGGUCAAAGUGUCCACUUGUCAUGACGAAGAUCCGAGUUCGAUUUCCCACAUGGAUACAAUGUCUGAAGCCAUUUCGGGUGUACCCCGCCGCGAUAUUGCUGGAACAUCGUUAAAAGCGGUGAUAAACCAUACUCACUCUUACUGAUACACUAUGAGCGGAACACAUCAUGGGGUUCCGACAAAGAUCCGUCCAUUCUGAAUGAAGUGAUUUAAUGUUUGUACCACGCUCACUUGAGUACCAAAUCAGCAUGUACCGCCCAAGAAUUAAAUAGCAUUAUAUCAA